CUGGCUACGACGGGGAACCGGACGGUUUUUCCGGGCUCUUUUUACUUUUGGUCAGAUUGGCGCCUGGCUAUGCGUGCUGCUUCCCAAUCCACGCAUGAGGUCGGGCUAUAUAGACGACAACAUUCCGUCUUUGGUUGUGGCGGCUGUUUGUCUUGCACUUAGUUCAGGGACUUCCCUCUGGACAAGCCGUGAAAACUUCAGAGGUAGCAUGUUCUUCGGGAUUGGUAGUGCAAUCAGUAUCAGGCUGCUCACAGCUCGAGAAAUCCACUUUAAAAACCAGUUCUCUUACAGCUUUGUUAUUGCAGUGAUGUGCCACUGCAAUGCUCAUCCUGCGGUGUUGCUCCUGGUGGUUUUCUACCACUUGCUUCUUAUUCUUGGUGAUCUAUACCAUGGUGAUCUAUACCAUGGUCAGGCCUUCGUUGCCUGUAUGACUAUGAUGACUUUCGAGUGCGCGAUGUUGGUAGCUUUUACUUGGGAUUUCACACUGCGUGUCAAGGCAGUUUGUUCAGGCGUUCUUUUCGGUGAGAACGAUGAGGUGCUUGAAAGCCCGGUAGCCGGGCGCUCCGCACGCAGAGCCUCCUUUACAAGCUGUGCAUGGCAUGAGGAUUUUGCAAUGGCCUUUUUCUGUUGCGCGCCUGCAGUGCUUCUGAUGGUGAACUUUCCAUUAGCUCGCAUUGAAUACAUGCACAUGGAAACGAAACUCCUCUCUUGGUACGAUUUCCAGGAUGAAACAAUCCGCCGGUUUCUAGCCUGCGAGAGGGAUGGAGUGGAACUACCGGCUAUCAAUGAGGUUAUGCGUUGUGAAGAUCCGUCCUUGGAACUUCUUGCUGCUCCUCCGGGCCCAUCAAAGCGCGGUCCAUCAGCAGUAGUGGCCGUCGUGCGGCAUGCAGAACGAGCAGACAACAUGCAGACUUUUGAUACUUGGGGUGUUUCGAAAGAUGCAGAGAACUUUCCACAUGAUCCACCCAUCACAGCCAGAGGUGCUGAGCAAGCAGAGCAACUCGCUGAUGAGCUGAAGAUGAAAGAGAUUGAUUUCGGAGUCAUUGUUUCUUCUCCGUUCCUGCGUUGCCUGCAAACUGCCUUGAUCUUGGCGGAGAAGUUUGAUGCGAACGUUUUGAUAGAUCAAGAGUUGGGAGAAGUGAUGGGACCGCCCGUGUUUGAAACAAAGCCACCGCUGCCUCCUAGGCCUUGGAGCAAUCUGAAAGCAACUUUGAAGGCCUCUACAACCUCAGCAAAUUCACAUGAACGCCUGCGAGCAGGACAUUUGAUGGGCAAGGAGCCUCAGUGGAAAGAAUCUCUUCAGGAGGCUCGUCUUCGGUAUGUGAAGCGAUACUUGGAUUAUCUGCGCCGCGCUCGUCAUACCAAAAAGAGCUGCUUGCUGGUGACGCACGGCCACAUGGUACAAGUGUGUGCGAGCGUGCUGCCAGUAAACCAGCAUCGUAAGAUAGUUUCAGUUGACUAUUGCGGUGCCGCAGUUGCUGAAUGCCACAGGCUGGGAAAGGAUCGCAACCGCCGUGACGCGUUUUUUCCUGCGAGGGCUCUUUCAUUUGAUUCUGGAAGGCAACAAGUUGAAAAAGAAGAACAUGUGCAAAGCCAAUCCGAUGAGAAGAACGAACUUAUCCAAGAUGCCAAGAUGAGCUAUUGGACCCUCUUGUUGCGUGGUGUCCGUAUGGUUCCUGCAGACACUCCCUCAAAUGGAUCGCACGUAUCUGGAUUGAGUGCGGCAACUCUGGGUCAAAGUUGGCAAGACGUAGUCAAAUUGCUUGGGGUGUUACCUCCGGUGGCACCUUUACCUUCGGACCGUCAAAGUGAGAGCGAGUGCAGUUUCAGGACCCGCACGAACACGACUGUCUCCAUGAAGAUGAUUCGCAAGCCUGACUCUGCGCCAAAGUCUCCCAAAAACGAGCACUGCGUGCCAGUUUUGGACAAGACAGCAGUGACAGAAGUGACUCAAAAUGAGCAACCUCCCGUGGCUCCCAAAUUGAAGCCGCUCACGUCUGGGUUGGCUGCCCGGCGCGGCUUCAGCCAGUCCAAACUGCCCGCCACUGUUGUUGAAGAUCAAUUGUAAAUCGUUUAUAGGUGCAAUUCAGUGCACUUCAAUGUUUUGCUUCCAAAAUCUUCCAAAGUAGAACCAAAGUUCCCACAAAAGCGGGUGUUCUACAAUGCGUGAUUCUUGCCAACCAGAGUGCUUGCCCUACUCAAGAAAAUUGCGCAGUUCUUGCCGUCAUGCGGGGGUCUGUCCUUUAAGGUGCUACUCCAAGGAUUUUC